AUGUCAGAGAAAGAUUUUAUGAAGUCCUUGAAAAACUUUCAUGGACCUGAAAAGUUCGAAGAACUGAAGAAAGUUAAGCUGUUUAACAAAAAAGUUGACUUGUACAACUUUUAUGAACUGGCGAAAAGGAAGGGAGGAUCCACGGACGCAGUAAUCAUCACACAGUGGAGAGAUAUAUGCAUAGAAUUGGGACUUAUUGACAAAGGAGAGGAUAUAACGUUCGAAGAGGCGUACAAGGCGUCACAGUUUUUUUGUUAUUGCUUCAUCAAUUUCACGUAUCCGAGCUCAGGGAGAGGAGGUAAGAAGAGAUGCCCUAGGAAAACGAGGACGAAGAUAGCACCGAAUUACUAUAGAUUGCAUCAUGGUAGUAAGGCGCUGAGCAGUUUCCAUUAUAGACUACUGUCAGAGGCGUCGGGAAAAUUUUUAGCAAAAUAUGGACUUAUGGACUAUGAGCCAAGAGGAACAGAGAGAUAUGAACUAUCAGAAGAGAGUAAUGAGUACGACAACCUGAUUUGGAUAGCGAGGAAGGUAAUGAACGCACCCAAAUGUAAGUUCUUCAACAACAAGUGCAGCGAAGAUUGUACGAUGUUCGACAAUCAGUGGAUUCUGCCUCCAUAUGACGCGUCAGUGCCACUAACGUACAAGGUGCAGUCGAAGGUAGCAUGUGCUGCCAAACUGGCAGCAGAGAACACAGAACUGGAUAACGAGUACUCAGACGAGUCUAUGUCAAGGUCCUCGGAUUCGGAAUAUGACCUGGUGAUGAGAGAGUGUGUACUUAGCGAUACUGAGUUAGCAGAAGAAUAUAGAGAUAACACACACACAAGAGCAAAUCGGGCUAGCGGAGAAGUUGAGCCUGGGGAGUAUGGAAAUGGGAUCAAAGAAACGAGGACCCAGAAUGAACACACCAAAAGUAACAGAUCAAGAAGCGCUAAAGCGUCAGCUGACAGGUCCAAGUACGGUGAGAAGAAUGGAGUCAGGAAUCAGGCAGGAACGAAAACGACAAUCGCCACCAAGAGGAGAAGCAGAUCGAACAAGGACCUGGUGAGGAACAUAAUCCAUGAAGUGGGCAAGUAUCUGAUGUCAGGGUACGAGAUUGAGACGUGUCUGACGAUCAUACUUAAGUCGCUGACAGUGGUUAAGCUGCCGAAAAUACCGGGCCUGUGCAGGCACAUGGCGCACAUAAACAUGCAGUUCAACAAGGAGCUAAUCAAGUCGACCGAUUUUGAAGUUCAGAAGGAAAUCUUGUUCGUAUUGGACCUUCUGUGUAACAUAUUGUCCCUGGUAAUAAGGGAUUCGUUUGUAGAGUUUGUAAAGCACGGGUGCAACAACACAUAUAACCAGUUGAUGUUGUGUAUGGAGUCGCUGCAAGUGACCUCCUGCGUGCUGUUUUUAAAAAUAAAUGAAGCCUUUCAAAAUAAUAAGUUUAAACACAACGAUUUCACGCUGGACCCGAAUACACAGAAUAUGGGUCGAGAAGAUGGAGUAGAACAGGGUAAAAAGGCAGUGAAUGGGAAAGGAAUGGCAAAAAAUAAUAAGUCGAGGGAAUCAAAAGUGACGAACGGAGAUUUUCACGGCGAAGUAAACACGCGGGAAAGUCAACUGUAUGAAAACGAAUUUGGUAGUCCAAAACACACAGUUGAUUUGAGGGAAAAAAAUGGAUCGGACAUAUAUAACAUAGAUUGUAGACACAGAAUACAUGAGUACAUUAGAAAUAACAGGAACACGAGUGAUAACACGAGUGUAAACGGUAACAUGAAGAACAGCAUCUAUAGAAGUAAACACGGACUUGACGGAGUCUAUGAGUACGAAGAAGACGAUGAUGAAGUUGAAGUUGAGGACAAAAGUGAGUCGAUAAAUCACAUGGAAAUACUGUCGAACAUAUUCAUGCUCAUAAAGUUCCUGAGCGUGAUUUCGACGGAGCUGUGGCAGUAUGACAUGAUAUGCGGCCUCAUAGACCCGUUUCUGAAGACAGCAUUCAAGGAAAUCGAGGACAAAAAGACGCCAGAAUACUGGCUCUGGGACGAUUUCCAGGAGGCGUUGUGCACACUGUUUACCUCGUGCUACUACCUGUCGGAGAAAAUAAAAGGGAAGAUGAAGAUGAGCACAGUAAUUAAUUUGUACAUGAUCUCAGCGUCGCUGCUGGCGGAGAGGAGCGUUUCGAAGAUCCUGUUCAGGAAAAUAGUGCAAAUGAUACUGUCGUUCCACGCUAACUUCGAUUUUCAGAUGUAUAAGUCGAUGAACAGGGCGAUCAAGGGGAUAUGCGAAAUACUGGUGCAAAUGGUGACAAGCUCAAUCGGGAAGAAGGUUGAAAGGAGCACGGAGUGUAAGUCGGCGAGAAAGGAGAGCGUGAAGUGGUACACGCAGAAGUCGGUGGACCACAUAGACCCGAGCACGAACAGGAGGGCAGAUAAAACUGCGUACAUGGACAAGCUGUUCCUCAACGCAGAUAACCCAGUGGCGAACCCGUGGUCGGCGGUGCCGAAGGACUAUCCAGCAGUGAAGAAGGAGCCUAGCGAGCACUCGGAAUCCUCGAUCAGCGACUUUGAAAGCAUAAUAGACUACGUGAAGCUGGGAGUCGAGGCUGACAAGGUAGGCCACAGGAGAAGUGGGUCCAGGAAAUCGCGUGGCAGCAAGGGAGGAAGCUUGAGGACGCAGAGGGCUAGUGAGGUCGAGGCCGAGCGAGAGAGAAUGAAGGACGCUGAGAAGGAGGACUGCGCAGACAGGACCCUGGAGGACCUGUUCGGAAGAGAGUCCGUGCCGCAGACAACCAAGCCCUCGCUCGAGGAGUCGGUCAGCUUCCUGCAGGACUACUACAGGUCAGUUCUGGGAAUCGGGGCAAGGGGGUGCGACGCAGGGCACGCUGCAAGGGUGGGAGCCGCGCCGCAGACUGACGAGGACGCCGAGUCGGCGACGAGACUGGACUCGUCAAGGAGCACGCGGAAGUCAGGCUGCAGCACCAGCGACGAGCGUGACGACAACGACUGCAGCGAACGACGUUUUAGGCGUGACCCUGGGGACGGGCAGCGCGUAAAGCAGGAGGCCCCGUUGAUCGACGACGAGGUUUACGAGGCCCUGAGCAAGUUCGAGAACACGCGGGAGAUAGUGUGCCUGUGCAUAGCAAAGAUGAGCGAGUACAGCGUCGGCCUGGAGGUCGUCAAGCGCAACUACAACGGGAUCCUGGAGUGCGCGUACAACGACCGCUCCGCACGGUCCCUCUGGCCGGUCAUCCACAGGAUACAGUCGGACCAAUCGUUGGAGGCACGCGCCAGGGUGAGCGACUAUGAGCUAGUGUCCAUAAAAGAGGUUAAAUAA